AUGUUCGGUGUCUUUGGCGCGCCAUCAGUGCCGAGCACUUCUCCUGCCGCUGUGGCUCAGAGCAUAAAUGAAACUGUAUUGAAGGCCUCUGAAACCACCUCACUUCUUCCCUCAUCCACCCGCGAAUUACUUUCCCUCCCCCUCCGUGCCCUACACCACGCCGAAACCUUCGCAUUUAAUACAGUCCCUCGACAUAUUGCUCGCCUUGCUGGGAUUGAGAACGUGAGUCUAAAUCUGUGGCCAACAGCGCCUUUGGCCGGGGAUUCAAGUCUUGCACAUGAGGCUAUGAGUGCGACGUCACAAGCUGCUGAGAUCGCUGCCGACAUGGCCCAAGCAACAGCUGAAGGAAAUGGCUGGUACACCAUGGAGUUCAUGGAGACAAUACGCAAAGUUGGGGGGGCCAUAAUCUUGAAUCGAAUAACCAUUUACGCAUCCACGAGACGCCACCUCCAGCUGGGCUGGGAGAGGCGUCUUGCUCUCCGUAUAAUUCCCAUCGUCCUCUUGUCCAUGCAAAUAUUGUCUACUCUACGCGCACUUCGAUGUCAAACGUCUCCCGAUUACACAAGGAUUCGCUACGGAACGCCAAUAAAACCAUCAGCAUACGAUUACGCAAGUGGUGGAGGGUUUAUUCAUUCGCUCGCGUCGAGUCUCUUACCUGGUUCUGACGAGCAAGCCUGCAGCGCUCUGAAGAUGGACCGCGAAACCAGCUCUCUAUCUAUUCCGCACGGAUCUUUUGCCUUGCUGUGGCCAGUAUUCAUCGUACUAUGUGCAAGUCACUUCUUUGAAACGCUAGUCUGCGCACUGCAAGGGCGUCCUGUGGGCGCAGAGACAGGCAUGUCGAUAUUUGAGCACUCGCUCGCUUUUGCGGAGGCCGAAUCCAUGAUCAGCCAGACCCUUGGACUCGGUAUUUUCGGCCUUCCUAAGAAAAGUCCUCUCCAACCAUUUUUCACUGGAGAGAACUCGAUAUCGUUGACCCGGACUCAAAUUCUCGAUCGAAUGAAUGUUACACCGGAGCUCUUACUUCUCAUCUUGGUAUCAUGUUGCAACAGUCUGACAUCUCAUGUUUUGGAUGUAUUUGGCAAGCAAAGUCGGUACCGGCUUCUGAACACCACUCUCUGGGGGGUGUGCUUCUUAGCGGUCAUGUGUCAAGGAUUACAGAUUGGCCCUCCUACCAGUAUCGAUUCCGGUCUUUCAAGAUUCCCAACCGUCUGCGUUGUCGGGUUCAUACCUCAUUUGCUGGUUUUCAUCGGUAUUGUUGUAUGUGUUGUCAUCUACGGACUGGCUGUGACUAUUACUGCGUUCUCGUUACCAGCAGAAAAUGGCAACGCACCCUCACUUAGAGAAAGAUUCGCCCUGGCACACGAGAACAUGCAGAUAUCGAACCAGAUUCAUAGUGUUCGCUUUAAUCGACAUGAAGAUUUCUACACUACUCUUCUUCGAAUUGGAUACGUCGCAUUGACCGCUGCGAGUGAGGCCGUUUUCCUCAACGAGGGUAAGGCGGUAAUCGCGAGACAAAUGACAUGGCUCGAGCAUGACCGCUUGACUGAGAUUGAGGCUUCUCGGCAACACAGUUCCUUCUAUGGAGACUGGCCAAACCAGGCUGAGGGAGGAGCCACUUUCGAUGCCCGCGGGUUCGCUAGCUUUGAUUUGCCAGACAACCGCUCGACGUGGGAAAGUGGCUACAAUAAGGAGAAGAAGAUCGAAAAACCCAAGAAUGGCUCGCGAGCAAUGCGAUCUCAGGCUCAUCUUGAAGGCAUUGGGGCUGUGCGGUCUUCUGUCCGCUUUUGGCAUGGGAUAAGUUUUUGUCGCGCCAUCUUCAAGCUCAUCUCUCAAUGGUUUGCAUAUGGUUUUAGCCGAGUCCUUGACGGUCUGGGGAUCAGAGCUCGACCACAGUGGUUGAAAAAAUUGGUCCAAGCACGUCAAAACCGCACCAUUAGCAAACCUUCACCUCCAGGUUCUCUAGAUUUCUGGAUCCUCACGGAUGAUGGGGAACUUGAACUUCCAGAAAACUUUGAUUUUGACGUCGAACUCGAAAUCAGGAAGCGAGAACGCACUGAGAGAGUACAAUCGGAGGCACCCGACGAGACCCGAUUAGACGACAAGCUUUAUGCGUGGUGGAGGGUUGGGGGUUCUUGGGGCAACCAGGACUAUACGCCUGACUAUAACCCUCCGAUUGAUAAUGAAGAUAUCACGAGUGUGGUUUCGAUAUCAACCAAUGUUUCGGACUCUGACUGGGAAGAUUAUCCAUCAGAUGGUCGGCGGACGCCCACUCAAUUAAACCCCAAUCCGGCUUUUUCCCGUGAGACAUCACCGUCCCAAGACUCAUUCAUAGAUAUGAGCACUCUAGCUCGUCUUCUUGACCCCCGUGAUCGUGAAAGCAAAGAGGAAGCCCGCAUUCUUGCUGCCCACCUAACACCCGGCCAAGGAGAUCGCAUAAUGACUCGAAGCCAAUAUCGUAAGCAGGUCGAGCGGGAGAGAUCCCGUGUUCUGCUAUCAUCCCGUCUGCACCAGCCUGCAGCCAACAACUCGGCUGCUGGGAAAUACAGAAUGAAUGGUGAGGAGGAGGCCGAGAUGCUUGAGCAAUUGAUCAUUUCUCGACGCUCUGAAACAGCCCCUACCUCCGACACGCAUGGCUGGGAAUCAGGGUCCACACCCCUGGGCCCUAAUGGACCUCCUUGCGUGGUCUGCCAGACGGAGCAUCGAUCCAUUAUUACUUGGCCCUGUCGCUGUCUUUGCAUUUGUGAGGAUUGCCGAGUCAGUCUUGCCAUGAAUAACUUCGGCAGCUGUGUUACUUGUCGACAGGAGGUUGGCGGUUUUAUGAGGCUGUGGGUUCCAUGA